UUUUCUCGUAAUAUUCAUGUCAUGGUUUCACAUCUUAUAAAAGACUUCGUAUGAUAAAUUUCCAUUACUUUUUGAGUUAGAGAAACGUGGGUCUGUGCGACGGCGACGUUUGUCAGAAUUCAGCAUUUGGAAAACCAUUGACUUCCACAACCUGGUUUUACGAAGCGCAUCAUGGGCGAACAUGAUACGAAUGGAUUUUUCAGUGGGUUCAACCCUUUACAGAACAUCACAUCAAUGUCAGACCUUGAAUUGCAAAGAUUCCAAGAGGAAUGUAGAGGUCCCCCGCCAUCAGCAAAAGAAAUUGUAUCAAGUAUGGGGUCAACGCACCUAGUUGUUCAUCUAGUAUUGAUCGUGAUGGCCUUCACCACACUCGCUAUAUUUAUUGAAGAAAUAUUUUAUUUGAGGAGCAAAAUCAGAAAAAAUUAUAGAAGACGAAGAAUGUCGGUUUUACAGGCAGGAAUUCCACCAAUAUUCACAUUGACAGCGGUCGUCGGCACAUUUUUUCCGCGUGGGAAUUUAAUGAUAGAUUUUGUUUGUUCUAUAUAUUUUGGUUUUGCAAUGCACGCUCUUCUAAACCUAAUGGUGAACUAUUAUGGAGGAAUCACAGCUAUGCUUAAAAGACUCCGUGAUGUUAGAGUUAAAAUAAGUACCCCUCCUGUAUGCUGCUGUUGUAGAUGCUUGCCAGAGGUACCCAUGACAAGAAAAACGUUCAAAUAUUUGUAUUGCCUGACAUUUCAAGCCGCAGCCUCAAGACCAGUCGUUUUAUUCUUUCGAGGAGUCUUUGUACUCGACCCAACAUUUUCAAUAAACGAGUUAAUAUUCACGGUUGUUCUUGCAAUAUCCAUGUUGACUGGCAUGUGGGCAUUGAUCAUAUUAAGAGGUGUAUCAAGUACAGUGUUGAGCCAUUUCAAUAUCACCGCAAAAUUCUUUUGUUUUCAAGCUGUGCUUCUUAUUUCCAACAUUCAGCCAUUUGUAUUGAAGUUAGCUUCACUACCAUGUGUUCUUCCAUACACAACAAGAGGGAGAAUCAUCACUGUUAACUAUCAAAUUAUUAUUGUUGAAUUCUUUCUUCUGUCAUUGGUGAUGAGAUGUUUGUAUCGAACUAAAGGAGAUGCUGAUAACCUUGAAGAAGUCGAAAAAAGGAAAGAAAGAAAAAUUCAAAAUUCUGCCACAAAAACAACGCUUGUGAGUGACGCGUCUGCAAUUGAGAUGGAAAAGUUGAUGCCAGAUUCUAAGACAAACGGAAAUGGUGUUCACAUUGUCGAAAACGUGUAGACAAUAGCUUACUAUGUGUAUACUCUAAAACGAGAAAUUCAACUUUCACUAAAUUGCAUGCUAAAUUGCACUAUACGGUUAACGUUCUUCCGGAUCAGACCGAUUGUUCAAAGCCGAACCAAAUUUCCAUAUUUUAUGCGUGUGGAAAUUUAUGUUCGUUUAUAAUAUUCUUCUUCUCUUUUUAAUUAUUCUACCAUCAUUGCCAAUAGCAACAACGUGUAUAUAAUGUAAAAACCUGGCAACACGUAUUUAUAGAGAUUUUUUUAUUUGUGUUGUGAAUUCCAAUUCUUCCACAAGUGUUAUCAAAUUGUGCAGUAGGGACCUAAUGUUUAAUUAAAAAAUGAUUUUUUUGCUAUUUCUAUUCUGUUAUAAUUAUUUUUGUCGUUUUAUUUAAUUAACUCAAUUUAUUUUUUAAUUAAGCGCAAUUAUGUAAUCGCAAUUGUAGUGCAUUUAUUCACGAAACAGGUCAUAAUACCAUAUAUAUGUUUUUCCGUUAUUUGGGUUAGAUUUGACUCUCACAAUCGCAAGAUAAUUCUUUAAAGAUAUAGGAAAUGAUAUACCAUGACAAGUUAUGUCCAAAUUUUUUCAGUUUUUAUUGAUUUUGUAAUAUGUUAAACAGUAUUAUAUUAUAAUUUUUAAUUGUUUCAGUUAAUUCGCGGUUUAUAAGGCAUGCAAAUCACAGAAUUCGAUUGCGUUCAUGUUAUUUCAAAAUUGAAAACUCCAAAAACUUAAAUGAAACUGAAUCAACAAAUUGUUACUUUAAAUUAAUAAAAUGAGAAGUAAAAAUUGAUCUAAUCCAUGCGCACUCCACGCCGAAACUAAAUAAAAAUCGUCAAAUGUUAAACUAAAUAUUAAUAAUUUCAAAAAAUUUGAUGAUAAUAUAAAUUUUUGAUAGCCACAAAUCCUAUUAAUGAAGUAAUAAUGAAAAUUAUUAAUCCAAUUUGGAAUGAAAUGACUAAGAUAGUAAAUAGUUCUACAAUCUAAAACACUCCAUUUGCACAAACUACGGAAUAUUUAUAUGUAUUUUGCAAAUUUUGUGCUCCUAUAAAUUUUCAUCAUUUUGUUCCUAAUCCAUUGUGAGCUUCUGCUAUACGGAGUGUUGUAAAGCCAACAUUUCAAUCUUUUAUUCUUUAUUAUUUCUCGUCCGACAUUUCAUUGCCAUUAAUUAGCUGUACUGCGUGUCUUAUUACAAAAUUCUAUAUGAAUUAACCUGUGGGUAUAUCAUAAUGUCAUAUGCAUUCAAACGUCAAAAAUCGACAUCAAAGCAAAAGGCAUGCACGUCAUGGCAAUUUUGUAGCUUGUUGUAAUAUGGGUAAUUAUAUUUGAGUUUGUUGUUUAUGAAUUGAAUGUAUAUUUGAUUAUCACACAUGACAUUGACAAUAAUAAUACAUUUGCGGUCAUUGUGUUUUGUCUUCCAAGCAGUUGCCUGAUAGCACCGAGUUAUAGCAUAAAAGAUCUGCGGACAUGCAAUAUGAAAGUAAUGAAGCAAUAACGAAUAAAAAGGAGUACUUCAAUUAACAUAAUAUUGCAAAAGUUUUUGUGAAAUGUCAAGUCUCGUAUGACAAAAAUGAAAUAAUAAAAGUAAUAGUUUCUCAGCGGCUUCAACUGUACCUCUGGUAUAUACUAAAAAUUUGCAAACGAUUGCCCCAUCUCGAAGAAAAGCGAUUUUUUUUUCAUAAACACGAUAACGAUUUGAUAAACACUUCGUGACUAAAAAUGGGGAUGUUGUUGUGAAAUAUAUUACUUUCUAAAAUCGAUGUACGAUAUUGACUGAUGGCCUGUCGGUUUUAUUCCACGAAAAAUUAAAAUGUGAAUACGUUAAUUUUCGGACCGCCGAAGAAAGCAACUUGUAUAAUUUAUAGAAGAUUCUCCAUUAGCUUAUCUGCCGUUGUUUUUAGAUAAAUUAAGAUUAGAAAAAAUGGUACAAGAAGCACUGGGAUUUGACUCUAAGUAUACGAUUGAGAAGUAUGACCCGAGCGCCUGCAUCCAUUUUUGAUGAGAUGGGAUUUAUCUCAUUACUGUCUCUUUAUACAAGAUAAAUCAUGUUGUUGAAUUUGUGGCCAUUAUGGAAUUUGAAAAUAUACCAAAUGGUUCAUUUAAUCCCGUACUACACUGACUGACGUCGGAACGUCCAAAUCAGCCUUCAUGAUAAAUGACCGCUGGGCCAAUUCGAACACAGUUUGUUCUGUAUCGACAAUUCGUUAUAGUGACGAUGACUGAAAUGAGAUGAAAAAACAAAUUCUCGAAA